GCCGCCCUGAGAGGAGUGGGUCGCCAUGGGGGCAUCUUCCUCCGGCCUGUUGGAUGAGGGCAGAACCAACCACAUCCAAGUUUGUCUUGCAGACCAAGUGCAUCAUGGGUAAUACACCAGCUCCGCCUGUAGACGGAGUCAUCUCAAGAAAAAGUUAAAAAAUAAUCUUCAGGAUUUCUAAGUACCGAUACCUUGAUAUACAAGAUGUACUGACUUGUCCACAGGUCGUUCCAGAGCUUCAGUGUGUUCUACCGGCAGCAGUAUUCAGCAGCCUACGUAGGACACCUCCACGAGGAGGUGGAGCCUAAGGAAGAGGGGCGGGGCUUAUUGCUCACACAAGAGCCUCAGCAUGGAGGCAUGGAGGGAGUGCUGUACCAGGGGAGCGUGAGGUUCUCCUGCUGGGACGAGCAGGGGAAGAAGUGCAGAGAGGGCCACGCCGUCCUGAGGAGAGACUACACCGUGGAGAUACACCACACGGUGGAGACCUUCAGUCGUGGCUGUGCAGCCAAGUUGGUCCUCCAGCCAGCAGGGGGCAGUGUGUUCACCACAGAGGAGGAGUCCAGGGCUCGCCUCGAGCUCACCUGUGCUGGGAUACUCAACGGAGGGAAGGAGGAUUCUUCUUCGGUGGUACCUUCUCCAGGAGCGCUCGCUGUGUAUCUGCACCUGCCGUACAAGGGCCACACCUGCUUCCUGUUCCAACAGGAAGAGGAACGAGAUAACUUCCUGUCUGCGCUCAAGACCUGCAUUCGACACUGCAACCUCGACCCGUGGUGUGACUCCUCCUACGAGAGCCGGGCCUACGUCAGAGCCCUCAGACGCUAUCGCCAGGACAACGGCUGCUAUGAAUGCUGGGAAAUGCUGUUGGGCACCGAGGAACAAGUGCUGGCCUCCCAGGUGAUGGAGGAGAUGUUGCCAUGGUUACAGAGUCAGAUCCAGGCCCGGCUGAAGGGCAAGCGGACCGAGAGGACUCGCCAGUGGCUGGCAACGGUGCAGGCCGCCUACAGGCUGGUUCUGGACCAGCUGACUGCAGGUCUGGAGGCUCUGAGGGACGAGUGUCGGCAGACGGCGUCAGCCAAUCAGGCGCUGAUCAGACCCAACCUGGACCAGAUCAUUGGCUCCCACCACUUCCUGGAGGAGAAAGUCAAAGCGUGUGUGCGUGAGGAAGCACAGAGCGUGUGCAGUGAGUCCGUGGCGCCCUUCUUGUCCUCCAUCCUUGAAGCGCUGACAGAAAACAUCGGCGCCGGGUUCCAGGGGAUGCAACACACACUGCACACACACAUGGACGCCACACACACACACACGGAUGCCACACACACACACACGGACGCCACACACACACACACGGACGCCACACACACACACGGAGGAGCCGAGGACACGGCCCCGCCCCCUCUGAGCGCCACCCGUCUGGAGCCGUGGUACCGGCGGGCGGAGGACCUGACGGAGAAGUUCGGGGACUUGACACAGCGGUUCGGACUGAGCGGCACUCGGAGGCUGCUGCACUCGGCACACCUGGAGAUGGAGAAGCUGUCGGGCAGCGCCGUCUACACCCUGCGGCGCUACCUCCAGGCGUCGGCCCGGCUGCAGCCGCCUCACCUCCACCUGCAGAGGGAGAGGGACAAAGAACGGGUCCGCAAGCAGCUGGACCAUGACAGCAGGCUGGUCCAGAGGAGGCUCUACCAGGACGCUCUCCUGGAGAUCACUCUGCCCGUACUCACCAGGAGGAUGGACCAACGGUGGAUGAGUGAGCUGCAGCCGUUGGAGCGGUUCAUCUCCUCAGACGACAGCGGCUACAUCCUGGUUCACAACGUCUACCACGACGUCCUGAGAGACGUCCUGAGUCAGGAGAUAGAGACAGUGGUCCAGGAGGCAGCCAGUCAGAAGAGGACCAGUCUCUCAUUGGACAGCGGGGGUCUGAGCUGCAGCCGGUACAGUCUUCUGGGGGCGACGCCCCCUCGCUCUGCGCCAGGCAGCCCCGCCAUCGGUGAAGGGAAAGGACCUGGUCCCGGGGGGGGUGAGGAGGGAGGUCAGGAGGUCACCGCUGAACUUCGCCCUCAGAGUCAUCCGGUCGCCACGGUGACACGUGGGCCGGAUGGACCGGUGGCCGAGGAGGAGGAGCUCGGAGGCGCCGCGCCGCCGGACAGGAAGCCGACGACGCCCGAGCCUUCCGACGACGCCACAACCGGAUCGGUCUCGGAUGGAGUCGGUACCCCCGAUGCGCCUGCAGACCAGGACUCCACUGACCCCGUCCUGGACCCUCCUGACCUUCCCAUGACCCCCGCAUCCUCGCCGCAGGCCGCAGGCGUCACGUGUGCUCAAGGGGGUCAAUCGGCGGCGCCUGAAUGUUCCGCCACACCCGUUCUCUCCACCGCAGACGGAGUGCCGGAAGACACGGGAGUCCGGCCUCCCGGUCCCUCGUCGUUACGGCAACCCGUGACGCUCAGCCUCGGGUCACUGAGCGAGGCGAUCGGCUGCCGCUCCGCAGACGCCGCACAGACGCCCCCGCAGACGCCCACCGACAGGGCCGUCUACCUGACGGGGGAGGUGAAGGACAACUGGGAGGUGCAGAGGGUGAAAGAAGAAGAAGAGGAGGAGGAGGAGGAGGAGGAGGAGGAGGAGGAGAGACGGGAGAGGAUCGAGGCGGGACGAGGGAAAGGAGGGCAAACGGCCCACUCGGACGAUGAAGGUUGCCCGCUCUCUGAAUCACCAGCAGAGGGCGCCGCCGCCUCAACCGCCGAGCAGAGGGGCGAAGACGAGGGCGAUGAAGAUGAUGAAGAGAGAGAUAGUGGGCUUGAGACGAAUAAAGUAGAAGGAGAGGAGAAAGAAGAUAAUGCCGUAAACGAAGGAAAGGGGGAAAGAGAGGAGGAGGAGGUUCUUCAAAGCCCUCGUCCAAUGGAAGCGGAGCCGGAGAGAGGUGCCGAGCUGCCAUUGGACAGCGUGGCCCUCAUCAGGGACCCGCCGGUUGAGAUCACUGAAGUGGAGGCCGCCGUCGGGCCCGGUCCCGACACCCUGACAGACUGGUCACCAUGACGACCAGGUGUCCUGUUCCUGCUCCGCAGUCUCAUCCAGGUGGUCCAGGAGGAGAGAGAAGGUUAACUCUUUAUUUCAUCAGGCUACGGCGUCACGGUUAAACUCCUGCUUGACCAAGACUAGAAGUUUUUUUUAAAGUUUUUGUUUUACAUUCUUUCGUAGAUUCAUGGUCGUAGUUUAAAGGAUGCAGAUGAUUUUGUCUUCUGAUGUUUACUUUGGCUGCUUUUCUUUCUUUCUCACACUGAAACCAAUAAAGACGUAAGAACCCGUCUGAUCUCAAA